AUGCACUCGAUGCCGACGAUACGCUUCGACGCACAGAUCGCCAGCGCACGAAAGUUCUGCCUGGACAGUCUGAGGAAAUACGACACUCCCUCCUCCCUCCUCCUCCCCUACAUCCCUCGCCACGCCCGAGAUGCAUACAUCGCCCUACGAGCCUUCAACAUCGAGGUCGCCCGCACGGCAGAUACCACUUCUACCCCCACCAUCGGCGCCAUGCGCCUCCAAUUCCAACGCGACGCCGUCUCCAAAUCCCUCGCCGGCACGCCGCCGAAGCAACCCAUCGCUCUCAUGCUCGCAGAAGCCGCCUCGCAACUCGCAAACGCCACGGAGGGAAAGGGCGCAUUUAGUAAAAGCUGGUUUAUGCGGAUCAUCGACACCCGCGAGAAACACCUGGACAAUCGCCCAUAUCCCACCCUCGACAGCUUGGAGACCUAUGCGGAGAACACAUACGCUACCCUCCUCUACUUGACUCUCCAAGCGUUGCCCAUGGCAAGCUUGACUGCGGACCACGUUGCAAGCCACAUUGGAAAGGCGGCAGGCAUCGCAGCGGUCCUGAGGGGCCUUCCAUUAAUCGCCUUUCCCGGCCCACCGAACGCCCACUCAAACCAAGGGCAAUUUGCAGGCGAUGUUGGCGCGACUCGGCAAGGCGCCGUCGUGCUGCCUCUAGACAUCAUGGCCGAUACCGGUGUCCGGGAAGAGGACGUGCUGCGCAACGGAUCGAGUGCGCGCGGCUUACGCGAUGCCGUCUUCCAAGUGGCGACUCGCGCCAACGAUCACCUCAUCACCGCUCGUCAAAUGAUGGAGAACCUGCGUGCGGGCCAAGACGCUGGCCACGAAUACGAGCACCAAGAGGAAGAGGAGCACGCCCACUUUCUGGUGACUGGACAUGAGGGCACACCGGCGCAGGACGUGGAGAGGGCGUUUGGUGUCUUCAUGCCUGCUGUCGCUACACAGCUUUGGCUUGACCGGCUACAAGCUUCCGACUUCGACGUCUUUUCGCCCAAGCUGAGGGUGACUGACUGGAAGCUGCCGUGGAGAUCGUUCUUGGCCUCACGGCAACGCAAGUUUUGA